AUGAUGCGAGGUUUUAAGCAGAAGCUGAUAAAGAAGACGACCGGCUCGUCGUCGUCCUCAAGUCAAAAGAAAAAAGAAAAAGAGGGCACUAAGAAGACUAGCGGAACACCGAGUAGUACGGCAAGUCCUAGUAUAAGUGCUAGGUCAUCAUUAGAGAAAAAAUCCUCAGGAAGUCAAAGCUCGACAAAACAAAGCAAGUCUAAAAGUUCCACUUCACAAGUGAAAAAUAGUGGAAGUAAACAAGCAGCUCUACAGCCAAACCAAUCCGUAUCCAAUUCAUCCACAAAAUCGAAGCAAGAGAGCUCAAGUGGUCUUCAGCAACAAAAAGCUCAACCGACAUUGAUAGCGGCUGCGGCGGCUCCUCGCUCUCCCACGACUGGUACCGCAAAUUUAGCCGUACCGGGGACAUCAGCUGCAGGAAAGGACUCUACGACUCCUAGUGGCAUUGACAUUCCCAGAUCUUCACAUUCGUUCGAGCGUUUACCUACCCCCUCUAAACUUAACGUUGACUCAGAUUUGGAUUUAAUAAAGACCCCCCAACGUCAUUCAUCAUCGCGCUUCGAGCCUUCACAAUAUACCCAUUUGACCAAAUUACCUCACUUUGAUGAUGUUCCUCCGGAGGAGCAAAUUCCGUUAUUUAUCGCAAAGGUUGACCAGUGUAACACCAUAUUUGAUUUCAGCGAUCCAAGUUUUGAUAUCCAAGGUAAAGAAAUUAAAAGGGUGACUUUACAGGAGUUAAUUGAGUUCAUAGUGACCAAUAGAUUUACUUAUACGGAGGAAAUGUAUGCGCAUGUGGUGAAUAUGUUCAAGAACAACCUUUUCAGACCAAUUCCCCCACCAGUAAACCCCGUAGGUGAUGUUUACGAUCCUGAUGAAGAUGAGCCUGUUAACGAACUGGCAUGGCCACAUAUGCAAUGUGUUUAUGAGUUUUUCUUGAGAUUCGUUGAAAGUCCUGAUUUUAAUCAUCAAAUUGCAAAACAGUAUAUCGAUCAAGAUUUCAUCCUGAGAUUGUUGGAAUUAUUUGACAGCGAAGACAUCAGAGAACGUGAUUGCUUGAAAACUACUUUGCACAGAAUUUACGGUAAGUUUUUGAGUCUAAGAAGUUUUAUUCGCCGCUCUAUAAAUAAUAUCUUCCUGCAAUUUGUUUAUGAAACUGAGCGGUUCAAUGGUAUUGCGGAACUAUUAGAAAUUUUAGGUUCAAUUAUCAAUGGGUUCGCUUUGCCAUUAAAGGAAGAACAUAAGGUGUUUUUGGUUCGCGUUUUGAUCCCAUUGCAUAAGGUUCGUUGCUUGUCGCUAUAUCACCCUCAGCUGGCCUAUUGUAUUGUUCAAUUUCUCGAAAAAGAACCAUUAUUAACUGAGGAAGUAGUAAUGGGUCUUUUACGCUACUGGCCCAAAACCAACUCUACAAAGGAGAUUAUGUUCCUGAACGAAAUUGAGGAUAUUUUCGAGGUGAUAGAACCAUUAGAGUUCAUCAAAGUGGAAGUCCCAUUGUUUGUGCAAUUGGCCAAAUGCAUUUCAUCUCCUCAUUUUCAAGUAGCGGAAAAAGUUUUAAGUUACUGGAAUAACGAGUACUUUCUCAAUUUAUGCAUUGAGAACGCUGAGGUAAUUUUGCCUAUCAUAUUUCCGGCUCUUUACGAGCUAACCUCUCAGCUUGACUUGGAUACUCAGAAUGAUGAAGACGGUAAUCCAACCUCUGAUCCUUAUAUGUUGGUGGAACAGGCAAUCAGUUCCGGUUCUUGGAACCGUGCAAUCCAUGCAAUGGCAUUCAAAGCGUUAAAGAUAUUUCUUGAGACUAAUCCCGCUCUUUAUGAAAAUUGCAAUUCGUUAUAUUUAACCAGCGUAAAGGAGUCCCAAAAGCGCAAAGAAGAGCGCGAAGAAAGCUGGCAUAAGUUGGAGGAAUAUGUUGACAAACUGAAAAUAAGCGGCCCUAGCGGAAGUGAGGAAGAGUAUGAGCAUGAGCAUGAGCAUGAACAUGAGCAUGAAAAGGACCUGGUUAAAAAGCAGUAG